GGCAAUUGCUGUAUAGAAAGCUGCCUCAGCUUUUUGAUAAGCAGACAUGGCUGUCACGCUGCAUACUGAUGUGGGAGAUAUUAAAAUUGAACUAUUCUGUGAGCGUACUCCAAAGACUUGUGAAAAUUUCCUGGCUCUUUGUGCUAGUAACUACUACAAUGGAUGCAUAUUUCACCGAAAUAUAAAGGGCUUCAUGGUUCAGACAGGGGAUCCAUUAGGCACUGGGAAAGGAGGGAACAGCAUCUGGGGCAAGAAGUUUGAAGAUGAAUUCAGUGAAUACCUAAAGCACAGUGUCCGUGGAGUAGUUUCAAUGGCAAACAGUGGUCCCAAUACCAAUGGGUCGCAGUUCUUCAUCACUUAUGGCAAACAACCACACCUGGACAUGAAGUACACUGUGUUUGGGAAAGUUAUUGAUGGCUUGGAGACCCUGGAUGAGCUGGAGAAGCUGCCAGUGAAUGAGAAAACCUACCGACCUCUUAAUGAUGUUCGCAUUAAAGAUAUUACAAUUCAUGCCAACCCUUUUGCUCUGUAGCCACAGAGUGCCUCAGUGGGUUCUGUAGAGGCUGGUGAGGUGAACUCCCAGAUUAUGGGAUUUAAAGAGCCAUGAAAAAGGGUUAGCUGAGGUGGAUCUUACCUUUGCUCACUGAAUGCAGAAUUUUCAGGAGCUGUGAUGUCGUCUGGAAGUUGCCACAGAGAAGUGUUGUGCUGCAGAAACCAGGUUUUCCAGAGUAUCUUCCAGGAGUUUAGCUUUUAAACAUUGCUUUUUGUACUUGUAAAAUAAAA